CCCAUGAGCACCAUGCGCCUGCUGACACUCGCCCUGCUUUUCUCCUGCUCCUUUGCCCGCGCUGCCUGCGACCCCAAGAUCGUCAACAUCGGAGCUGUGCUGAGCACGAGGAAGCACGAGCAGAUGUUUCGUGAGGCCGUGAACCAGGCCAACAAGCGGCAUGGCUCCUGGAAGAUCCAACUCAAUGCCACCUCCGUCACCCACAAACCCAACGCCAUCCAGAUGGCCCUGUCGGUGUGCGAGGACCUCAUCUCCAGCCAGGUCUACGCCAUCCUAGUUAGCCACCCACCUACCCCCAACGACCACUUCACUCCCACCCCCGUCUCCUACACAGCCGGCUUCUACCGCAUCCCCGUCCUGGGGCUGACCACCCGUAUGUCCAUCUAUUCAGACAAGAGCAUACACCUGAGCUUCCUUCGCACGGUGCCGCCUUACUCCCACCAGUCCAGUGUGUGGUUCGAGAUGAUGCGCGUCUACAGCUGGAACCACAUCAUCCUCCUGGUCAGCGACGACCACGAGGGCAGGGCCGCGCAGAAGCGCCUGGAGACGCUGCUGGAGGAGCGCGAGUCCAAGAGUAAAAAAAGGAACUAUGAAAACCUCGACCAACUGUCCUAUGACAACAAGCGCGGACCCAAGGCUGAGAAGGUGCUGCAGUUCGACCCGGGGACCAAGAAUGUGACGGCCCUGCUGAUGGAGGCGCGGGAGCUGGAGGCCCGGGUCAUCAUCCUCUCUGCCAGCGAGGACGAUGCUGCCACCGUGUACCGCGCAGCCGCGAUGCUGAACAUGACCGGCUCCGGGUACGUGUGGCUGGUGGGGGAGCGCGAGAUCUCAGGGAACGCUCUGCGCUACGCCCCGGACGGCAUCAUCGGAUUGCAGCUCAUCAAUGGCAAGAACGAGUCAGCGCACAUCAGCGACGCCGUGGGCGUCGUGGCCCAGGCUGUGCACGAACUCCUGGAGAAGGAGAACAUCACCGACCCGCCCCGGGGCUGCGUGGGCAAUACCAACAUCUGGAAGACAGGGCCGCUCUUCAAGAGAGUGCUGAUGUCUUCCAAGUAUGCAGACGGGGUGACAGGCCGCGUGGAGUUCAAUGAGGAUGGGGAUCGGAAGUUUGCUAACUACAGCAUCAUGAACCUGCAAAACCGCAAGCUGGUGCAAGUGGGCAUCUACAACGGCACCCAUGUCAUCCCCAAUGACAGGAAGAUCAUCUGGCCAGGUGGAGAGACAGAGAAGCCCCGAGGGUACCAGAUGUCCACCAGGCUGAAGAUUGUGACCAUCCACCAGGAGCCUUUCGUGUACGUCAAGCCCACGCUGAGCGAUGGCACAUGCAAGGAGGAGUUCACCGUCAAUGGGGACCCGGUCAAGAAAGUGAUCUGCACUGGACCCAACGACACGUCGCCGGGCAGCCCUCGCCACACAGUGCCUCAGUGCUGCUACGGCUUCUGCAUCGAUCUGCUCAUCAAGCUGGCGCGCACCAUGAACUUCACCUACGAGGUGCACCUGGUGGCUGACGGCAAGUUCGGCACUCAAGAGCGGGUGAACAACAGCAAUAAGAAGGAGUGGAACGGGAUGAUGGGCGAGCUGCUCAGCGGGCAGGCGGACAUGAUCGUGGCGCCGCUGACCAUCAACAACGAACGCGCGCAGUACAUCGAGUUCUCCAAGCCCUUCAAGUACCAGGGCCUGACCAUUCUGGUCAAGAAGGAGAUCCCCCGUAGCACGCUGGACUCGUUCAUGCAGCCCUUCCAGAGCACGCUGUGGCUGCUGGUGGGGUUGUCGGUGCACGUGGUGGCCGUGAUGCUGUACCUGCUGGACCGCUUCAGCCCCUUCGGCCGGUUCAAAGUGAACAGUGAAGAGGAGGAGGAAGACGCGCUGACCCUGUCUUCAGCCAUGUGGUUCUCCUGGGGCGUCCUGCUCAACUCGGGUAUCGGGGAAGGCGCCCCCCGAAGCUUCUCAGCGCGCAUCCUGGGCAUGGUGUGGGCCGGCUUCGCCAUGAUCAUCGUGGCCUCCUAUACCGCCAACCUGGCGGCCUUCCUGGUGCUGGACCGGCCGGAGGAGCGCAUCACGGGCAUCAACGACCCACGGCUGAGGAAUCCCUCGGACAAGUUCAUCUACGCGACGGUGAAGCAGAGCUCGGUGGACAUCUACUUCCGGCGGCAGGUGGAGCUGAGCACCAUGUACCGACACAUGGAGAAGCACAACUACGAGAGCGCCGCCGAGGCCAUCCAGGCCGUGCGGGACAACAAGCUUCACGCCUUCAUCUGGGACUCGGCAGUGCUGGAGUUCGAGGCCUCGCAGAAGUGCGACCUAGUGACCACUGGCGAGCUGUUCUUCCGCUCGGGCUUUGGCAUCGGCAUGCGCAAGGACAGCCCCUGGAAGCAGAACGUCUCCCUGUCCAUCCUCAAGUCCCAUGAGAAUGGCUUCAUGGAAGAUCUGGACAAGACAUGGGUGCGGUACCAGGAGUGUGACUCUCGCAGCAACGCCCCUGCUACCCUCACCUUUGAGAACAUGGCAGGGGUCUUCAUGCUGGUGGCUGGGGGCAUCGUGGCCGGGAUCUUCCUGAUCUUCAUUGAGAUAGCCUACAAGCGACACAAGGACGCUCGCCGGAAGCAGAUGCAGCUAGCGUUCGCAGCCGUGAACGUGUGGAGAAAGAACCUGCAGCAGUACCAUCCCACUGAUAUCACGGGCACGCUCAACCUCUCAGAUCCCUCGGUCAGCACCGUGGUGUGAGGCCCCCGGAGGCGCCCACCUGCCCAGUUAGCCCGGCCAAGGACACUGAUGGGUCCUGCUGCUCGGGAAGGCCUGAGGGAAGCCCACCCGCCCAAGACUGCCCACCCUGGGCCUCCCGUCUGUCUGUCUGCCCUGCUGCCGGGCGGGCAGCCCCUGCUGGACCGAGGCUCGGACCAGAGCGGCUGAGGACAGGCCAGAGCUGAGCUGGCUGGGCAGGGCCACAGGGCACUCCGGCAGAGGCAGGGCCCUGGGGUCUCUAAGCAGUGGGGGAGAGGGGCUAACCUGGCCCUGGAGGGGUUUGGAGCAGAGACUGAAGCCCCAGCCUUCCCCGGCCACUACCAGAGCCACAGUGGGGGUGCGAGGCCCAACUGGCUGGGCCACCCCCUCCUCCAGCGCCUGCUCUUGGCUUGGCAGCCUCGGCUCCACCCCUCUCCUCCUCUUACCCUCGUCCCUUCUCGGCCUGACCCCCCCUCCAUCCAGCUGGCCCUGCCCCUCCCCAAAGGCAGACUCUGACCCUCAGCGGACAGCUGCCUCCUGGGAGCGCGCUG